GACGCACUCUAUAGCGCCGAAAUGGUCAGGGCUAUUUGUAUUUUCGUGCUGGCAAUUUUGGUGGGCCACUCGAGCUGCCAGGAUGAUGAGUUUUUGUACGACACGUUUCCCGAAGGCUUCAUGUGGGGCUCGGCCACCUCAGCGUACCAAAUCGAGGGCGCCUGGGACCAGGACGGCAAGGGUGAGUCCAUCUGGGACCGUUUUGUGCACGACGACGUGCCGCACAUAGUGGACGGCAGCACCGGAGACGUGGCCUGCGACUCUUACAAUUUGUACCAGGAGGAUGUGGCUUUGUUGAAAAACCUGGGCGUGUCUUUCUACCGGUUUUCUCUUUCCUGGUCUCGACUGAUCCCGAGCGGAGACCUUCGUUACGGCUUCAACCAGGCUGGCAUUGAUUAUUACAAUAACCUCAUCAAUGAGCUGCUAGCCAAUGGCAUCCAACCGGCGGUUACUUUGUAUCACUGGGACCUGCCGCAAGGGCUGCAGGAGUUCGGUGGCUGGCUGAACGCGAGCGUGACCGACCGUUUCGCAGAGUACUCGGACUUUGCGUUCCUCUUCUUCGGAGACAGGGUCCAGACUUGGUUCACCAUCAACGAGCCGUGGGUGCAGGCCGUCCAGGGGCACGGCUUUGGCGACUUUGCACCCGGCAUCAAUCAGUCCGGAAUUUUGGACUACCAGGCGGGACACAACCUCAUCCUCGCGCACGCCAGGGCAUGGCGCAUCUACGACGGAAAAUACAGACCCACUCAAGGAGGAAGAAUUGGAUUCAACAUGUACACGAGUUUUCUGGAGCCGAAAACCGACAACCCAGACGACAUUUUCGCUGCUGAGAGAGCGAUGCAAUUUUUGAUUGGCUGGUUUGGACAUCCGGUUUACAGCCAGGACGGAGACUAUCCUGCUGUCAUGAAGGAGUUCGUUGCCUUCCACAGCGCCGAGGAGGGAUAUCCAGAGUCUCGCCUACCGCAGUUUACACCUGAAGAAAUCGCUUAUGUCAAGGGCACUUACGAUUUCUUCGGUCUGAAUCACUACACGACGAUGUUAGCUGAGAACGGGCUCUUCCCCUACACACCAAGCUACAUCAGGGACGGCGAAAUCAUCCCCAGUUUCAACGCGAGCUGGCCCGAAUCAGCUGCCAUCUGGCUCAGAGUGGUUCCGUGGGGCUUCCGCAAAGUUCUGAAUUGGGUUUCAAACGAGUAUAACGGCGUUCCGAUUUUCGUGACUGAAAACGGCUACGCGGACAGUCCGGACCAGAUUGACGACGUUGACCGCGUUAAUUAUUACACGAGCUAUAUUAACGAGAUGCUGAAAGCAAUUAAAUUAGACGGCGUGAAUGUGAUCGGCUACACGGCGUGGAGUUUGAUUGACAACUUCGAGUGGACGGCUGGUUACACGGAGCGCUUUGGCCUCUACCACGUCGACUUUAACGACCCGCUGCGCCCGCGAACACCAAAAUCGUCGGCUACCUUUUACAAACAGGUCAUCGCGGACAACGGUUUUCCUGCGCCUCCACCAAAAUUGUAAAUUAGUUUGAAAUAAAUUUCCUUC